UGCGCAAUCACAUUUCUAUCUGAUAGCAGAGUGGGAUUGCAGAGUGCAAUGAUGGCGGCCACCAGCGAGGAACGGAUUGUUAUGGAGCCUUCGAGGACAAAUUGUGGACAGAGUCAAGUUGUGGAUCGACUAAAAAUGCUUUAUCCGAUGGUGAACGAAGAGGAAACACCAUUACCGAGAUCUUGGAGUCCAAAAGACAAGUACAACUACAUAGGACUGUCACAAAAUAAUCUUCGCGUUCACUACAAAGGUUACGGAAAAACACACAAAGACGCAGCUAGUGUUCGUACAACACAUUCUAUACCUGCAUCCUGUGGCUUGUAUUAUUUUGAAGUGAAGAUUGUGAGCAAAGGAAGAGAUGGAUACAUGGGUAUAGGGCUCUCAGCGCAUGGCGUGAACGUUAAUAGAUUACCAGGAUGGGACAAGCACUCAUAUGGAUAUCAUGGAGAUGAUGGCCACAGCUUUUGUUCGUCGGGUACGGGUCAACCAUAUGGACCUACAUUCACCACAGGAGACGUCAUUGGUUGUGGUGUUAAUCUUGUUGAUAACACUGCAUUUUAUACUAAAAAUGGUCACCACCUUGGAAUAGCUUUUACGGAUCUUCCUCCAAAUCUCUAUCCAACGGUUGGUCUGCAGACACCAGGGGAGGUAGUGGAUGCGAACUUCGGGCAAUCACCAUUUGUCUUCGACAUCGGGGAUAUGAUGAAUGAACUGCGCGUACGAACGAGAUUACAGAUCAUAAACUUUCCGACGCCGGAUCAUGGCCAGGGUCAGUGGCAGGCCGUCCUUCACAAAAUGGUGUCUACGUAUCUCGUCCAUCACGGGUACUGCGCCACCGCCGAAGCCUUCGCCAACAGCACGGGCCAAGUCUUUGAGGAGGACUUCAAUUCCAUUAAAAAUAGACAAAGGAUUUUAAAACUCGUAUUGGCUGGACGUAUGGGCGAAGCAAUAGAUUUAACUAGCCGAUUAUAUCCUGGACUUCUAGAACGGGACCCUAAUUUGUUGUUUGCAUUAAAAUGUCGUCAGUUCGUCGAGAUGGUAAACGGAAGUGAUUCAGAAGUCUGUCAAACUAGUAGCAACGUUAACCAGACUAGUGUCAUACAAUCUACCAAAGCUUAUGCGAAAUCGUCGGCGAACGGUAAUGUAGAAGAAAUGAAUAUUAAUAACACGAUGAACGGUGGUGCAACGGAGCAGCAAUUUGUUAACGGCCAGAUCGAAGAAGACGUCGACAUGGAAGAUAAUAAUAUGGGUACGAUGAAUGGUAUCAAGAAUAGUAAUGGUUAUCAAAAUGGUAAUCUUAAUGCGAACGGUUUCAAGUGUCAAAAUGGAGAAGACAUGGAUAUGGAGAUCGAUGGUGCCAACCAAAAUCAACAACAACAACAACAACAACAACAAAACGGCAAUUGCAGCAUUAACAAUGACGUUAUUGCGAAUAAAUCUAAAAAGCAAUUGUGCGGUGGUAAUAAACAAGCAAUUGAAAAAAUGUUGGACUUCGGUAGACAACUAUAUUCCCAAUCGAUACAUUUGAGACAACAGCAUGGCAAGAAUGAAGGAAAUAAAAAAAUGUUACAAGAUGCUUUCAGUCUCUUAGCAUACGCAAAUCCAUGGAACUCGCCUGUUGGUUGGCAAUUGGAUCCUCAACAACGAGAAACCGUUUGCGCGAGGUUGAAUUCUGCAAUACUUGAAUCUAGCAAUCUACCUCGUCGACCACCUUUAGAAGUAGCAGCAUCUCAUGCGAGAGAAUUAGUUCGCUUGAUGUCAACUGCUGGUCUUGGCGCGUGCGGUUUCGCGGUUGUAGAUAAUAUCAUUCAAUAUUGACGGUGCCUCCCUCUGCUCCCACGUCCUCCGCUUCUACCAGCUCGUGUAUGGAUGCGAAGACGGAACGUGGAGCAGAUUAUUUUGUUGACGCAGCAACAUCGCGAUGUCGCGUGCCUCUUUAGCUAGAGUAACCGCAUUUGUUUGUCGGUGACUCGGCGCGAUCUCACACCACAGACACGACACAAGGUGAACCUUCAAACCUGCCAACCAAAAUGACACUUCACAUUUUUAGCUUAAAUUGGGGGAAAGGGGGACAGUCACUUUGGAAUCCGCUAUGAAUUAAAAGAGCAGAAAAAUUAAAGCGGCAGAUCGGUGUGUGUUCCCUCGUUUCCAAAUGGUUGUCAAUUUUCGGGGAACGAGGGAACACGUUCAUUUCAGAGACGGACGAGAUCUUACGUUUAUAUAUAUAUAUAAAUAAAUAAAUAAAUAAAUAAAUAAAUAAAUAAAUA